UUAUUCAUUUUUUUUUUCAUCUCUCAACCAAAACAAAGUGUGGAGUUUUCAUUUUCUUCUUUUUGUGAGAUGGAAAGGGAGAGAUCAGAUAUGGAGAUGAUAAACAAGAUGGCAAAUUGUUUGAUUCUUCUAUCAAAGAAUCAACAUCAAAACGACACCAAAAGCCGCGUUUUCGCGUGCAAGACAUGCAACAAAGAGUUCCCGUCGUUCCAAGCCUUGGGAGGACACCGAGCAAGCCACAGGAGAUCGGCGGCGCUUGAAGGCCACGCGCCUCCUUCUCCCAAGAGAGUCAAACCGGUGAAACACGAGUGUCCCAUAUGUGGUGCUGAGUUCGCUGUAGGGCAAGCUUUGGGUGGUCACAUGAGGAAGCAUAGAGGUGGAGCAGGAGGAGGAGGCGGUGGCCGGAGUUUGGCUCCGGCUACUGCUCCGGUGACCAUGAAAAAGUCUGGUGGUGGUAAUGGAAAGAGGGUUUUGUGUUUGGAUUUGAACUUGACGCCUUUAGAGAAUGAAGAUUUGAAGUUGGAGCUUGGGAGGUUGAUUUUCUAAAAUUUUGUUCUUUUUUCUUUUAUUGGGGGGUAUACAUGUGUAGGGUUAAGUUUUAUUUCAUCUGAUAUUUUUAUUUCUUUAGGCUUUCAGUAAUUUUUGUAUAAAAAAAAACUUUAUGGUAUUACCGUUAUGUAUAGAUAUAUACAUCUUAUAUUAUCGAGUUA